GUUUCACUUCUGGAUCCUCAUAACACAUCAGUUUGUUUACAAAGCGUUAAGAAGGGGGGAUUUUUAGCAACUGAGUUUGAAUCAGUAUGAAGGAGGAGGAUGAUCUACAGCUUAUAUUAACAUGGAGAGACCAUAAACAAGUUCUUACACUGGUUAUGGAAACUUUGCGUUACAAGGAAUUGUUCGCUGAUGUUACCCUGAUCUGCGGUGAGAAACAGUAUGCUGUUCACAAGUUUGUUCUGUGUACUUGUAGUCCAUAUUUUGAGGAGUUGCUUGAGUGUGUACCAUGUGAACAUCCAGUGUUGGUUUUAACAGAAACCUCACAUGAAACUUUGGAGGCACUGCUUGACUUUAUGUACCUGGGCCAGACAGAUUUCUGUUCCAAAGAUUUGGAUCGACUACUUGAUCUUGCAUAUGAGUUCAGAAUUAAAGGAUUAAUUAGCCCCAAAGAUGAAGCAGACAGACAAAAACUUGAAAAGGAUUCAGUUAAGCAAGAGCUCUCUGAGGUUAUGCCAGAUAAAACCACCCUAUCAAAGGAACUUAAAAACGAUUCAGUUCAGCAAGAGCUUUCCAAGGUGAUAACAGAUGACACCAAAUCAUCAAAGGGACUUAAAAGGAAUUUAGUCAAGCAAGAACUUUCUGAGGUUAUGUCAGAUAAAUCUACACACUCAGAGAGCAUUCAAGAGAAGAGUGAUAAAGAUGGGAAAAUUGGUGAAAAGGAUUGCAAAGCAAAUGAUAAGGAUGGCAUAGUUAGUGGUGAAAAUGACAAAGGUAGUGUUAAAGGUGGCAAAGUUAGUGACAAAACUAAAUUAGAAGAAAGAAAUCUAAAGAAAUCUCCUAAAAUUUAUGCAUGUAAAAACUGCAAUAAAACAUUUGGGGAACCAGUCCAGUUAGAAAAACAUAUGGUGGUUCAUAUAGAAGAAAAAGCUCUUAUCAUGCCUGAGUGCCCAUACAGAACUCUAAGUAAAGUUACUUUAAGCAAGCACAUUUUAACACAUGUGAAAAAAACAUACUCUUGUCCAUACUGCCCAGAUCGCCACUGUCUUGAAAAGCAGCAUGUUUUACACCAGAGACGGAUGCAUCCAAAGAUGAAGGUUGUCAUUAAUGAGUCUUCAGUACCAGGCUUGGGAAAAUCACUUCAUAAAAAGCCCAAAGUCAGUAAAAAUACAGUUAAAGAAAAAGUCAUGUCACCAUCACUACCUUUACAGAAAAUUCAUAAAUCUUCAGAAUCUGGCUUCUCACCAUUGCAGACUCUUGAAAGUAAUGCAAGUAAUAGAGUCAGUCCUUCACCAUCACCAACAGCAAAAGCUCUGAUUAGUCCAAACUCUAGUGCUUCCUUAUCGCUACCAUCCAAAGUUCCAGAGUUCACCCGCAUGUCUCCAUCACUACCUCCUCCUUCAGAGAUGGCAAAGCAUACCAGAUCCAACUCCUCACCAUUACUUCCACCACCAGCAAAAGUUCGAAGAAUCUGUAGGAACACUACAUCACCAUCAUCACCAUCAAGAAUACAGAAAAAAUCUAAAUUUAGCUCUUCCUCAUUACCACCAGCUAAAGUCAGAACCAGCAGAGAGAUUAUAUCCUCAUCUUCAACACAGAAGGUGCCAAAAAAUGCUGGCUCUAGCACAUCUGCAUCAUCAGUAGUUGGGAAAAGGAAGAGGUUAAGCAUAUCUCCUUCACCACCCCUAGAUUCCUCAAGAAGUUCUAGCUGCUCUAGCUCUUCAAUCAAAAGCCCUGAAUAUGGUCCUUCACCUUCACCACCACCAUCUAAAUAUGUAAGAAGCACAAGAUCCAACACAGUGGCAGAAUCAUUAAGACGGCAGUCUAGAGAGAAAUAAAUUAGUUUACAGUACUACUUGCAAGUCUUAAAUUAUAUUAUUUAAAAGAAUUCACUAUUUCUUUUGAGAUUAUUCUACAGUAAGUUUAGGUAAAAAAAUCCUCCCAUGUUAUAACAGUUAGAUAUUUUUAUACAAUAAUAAAUGUUUGAUGUAUGAUUUCUAUGUAAAUAACAUUGCAAUAAAUUGAACAUUUUUCUUACAAUUGUCUGAUGCCAUGCAUAGUUUAACUAAAUUUUAGAAACAAGCUAAAAUUUCAAUACUUACCCAGUAACAGCUCAGCAUGGAGAUACUGGCAUGAUGGAUAAAUACAGAAAUGCAGUAUAAUUUUUUUUUAAUACUUUGGCUGUUUCCCACUGAGGCAGGGUGACUCAGUGGGAAAGAAAAAACUUUCAUCAUCAUUCGACAUUUUUACCAUCACUCAUACAUAAUCACUGUCUUUGCAGAGGUGCUCAGAUAUGAGUUUAGAUGUCUCUCUAAACUGCUUAUGUUUUUUAUGUUCAUUAAUUUUCUUCUUUUUAACAUGUUGGCAAUCUCCCACCUAGGCAGGGUGACUUAUCACAGUUUUGCCAGAGGCACACAAAUAUGACAGUUCAGAUAUCCAUUCAGAUAGCAAAUAACCUCCUCUAGAGUACUAUAUGCAUUGUAUUUCCCACUUCCAAGUCUGGCUUACUGAUUUCUCUGAUGCCCUUCACAAAAUAUUUGCUUGUCAGGUCCCAUAUAUUUAAUUCAUAUAAUCACCAUACCAAACAACUUCAACCAGAACAAUGGCUUCUACAACAUAGCCGAACCUUUUGCCAGAAGAUUCUUCAUCACUAUCCCACAUAGAAACAGGUUGCAGUA